UUUUCUUAUUUAAAUAUGAAUCUAGUCUUCAUGUUGGUAUAUACUAUAUAUAUAUAUAUGUAGCUAGCCUUAAGAGAUUAUAUUAUGUAGGCUUUGAAAAUCAGUCAAAAUAAUCCAAAAUGGCCGCCACAGAGAGGGACGGCUUUUGAAAAAUGGCUGACAUCGACUGAGUUAAAAGUUAUCAUUGAGUAUUUAACUUUGUAUAUUAAAAGGUAUAAGUCAUUGCCCACUAGCUGUGCUUUGGCUAAUAGUAUUUAAUGCUUGCUAAUUCCAAGUAUCACACCGAAUAAGGGUCAUUUGUAUGGGUUCGAUACCAACAUUAGCAACUAGCAACAAUUAGCAAGCAACCUACUCCCGUUGGAAGAGAACGUCAGAGAAGCGUCACCGAAGGGGUUAAUGUGACGUACAGUUGGGAGGAUGUUCGUACAGUCGGCGGGCAGGUGGAGCCGACACCAGCGGAGCCGACACCAGUGGCGUCUCCGCGGCGGAUGCGACACCCCGACACGGACGUCUUCGGAGGAGCGAGCCGGAGCUCCGAUGUGACUCUCGGAGAGGACGCUGGUCCGGUGACGUGACUUGCCAAAAGUCCGGCGGAGAAGCGGCACAAGCGGCAUAAGCGGCACUGGGAGAUGAACGUUACCGGGAAACAACACCCCCAGUUUAUUGAGCGACCUGCCAGUCUUUUCCCACCCACAUCGUUGAAAUCCGGAAUUGCUUUGCUGUACAAUGAAGAGACCACCAAUUCCUAUGACGUCUGCCUGAAGUUGACCCAUGAGGUGUUAACCAUCCAGAAACUGGACGUGGUUUGCAUUGGGGGGAGUCGAUCUCAAGUAAAUCACAGAACUGUAGUUCUCCGAAGACAGGAGACUGGCUGUCUGGGCUUAAGCAUCAAAGGGGGUGCUGAGCAUAACGUGCCCGUGGUUAUUUCCAAGAUAUUCAAAGCUCAAGUAGUGGAACAGGAGGGGAAGCUGUUUGUUGGUGAUGCUGUCCUGCAGGUCAACGGCAUAAACGUGGAGCAUUGUACUCAUGAGCAAGUUGUUCACCUCUUGCGCACGGCCGGCGAUGAGGUCGUCAUCACUGUUCGCUAUCUACGGGAAGUUCCGUCUUUUCUGAAAUUGCCUCUUGGUUCUCCAUCUGCUGAUAACAACGGUGAAUCCUCGUCACUCUUCGACUGCGGCUCACAUUUCAAUGGCAACGAAAACACAGCUUCAUCGCCUCCUUCCCCCUCAGCUAAUGAACCAAAGUAUGAGAAACGCUGGAUGGACGCCGUCUCGCUGCCCUUGUUGAUGGCCAGAGUCUCCAGAUAUAAAACCGGCACGGAUGAAUUAAGGUCCAAUACAUUUGAAGUGCUUGCCUUGAAUGGAUCCACGCCCAAUAUUCUUCAAUUUUGCAAUGCAGCUGAAACCACGGACUGGAUCCAAGCAAUAUCAACAAAGAUCAGUGACUUGACCCUGGAGAAUAUCAACUUGGUCAACAAAUACAGCGCCUCGCAUGAUCAGAUUGUUCACAUGGGCUGGGCUUGUGAAAGAUCAGACAGGAGGGGUGCUUCUCCAGGACAAUCGUUUAAGUUCCUGGCAAUGAGAGGACCAUAUUUUCAUAUCUUCAGAAGUCCCCCGCUCAGUGCUGCUGACUGGGGACAAGCGGAAACAUCAUAUAACCUCUAUGAGGUCCUAUUCAAGGUUCACAAGCUGUGGUUGACAGAGGACUGCUGGCUUCAGGCAAGGCUGUACUUGGGCUUGGAGCAUCCACCCGACCAGCAGGACACCGACUCUCUGAGCUUCAGCAUUCUCAUCAGCCACAGACGGAGCCACACCUUCAGAGUGGAGCUGUCCUCCGACUUGUCUGUGUGGGAGAAGUCUUUCCAAAGAGCUGUCUUCUUGGAAGUACAGCGGAUGAGGACUAAAAGCUACAUGUGCAGCAACCAUGGGACGACACUGUGCUUCACCAUCGACUUCGAUUCAGGCUUUACUUGCUCGGAUGGAUCCUCAAAUAUGCUACUGUGGCGAUAUAAGUUCUCUCAACUUAAAGGCUCCUCUGAUGAUGGCAAAACCAGGGUAAAACUUCUUUUCAAGAAUGCAGAAAGCAAGCAAAUAGACAUGAAGGAACUAGAGUUUGUUCAUCUAACCGCAGUCCUCCACUGUAUACAUGCUUUCAUUGCUUCAAAAGUGGCCUCCAUGGACCCUCUCUUUCUGUGCUCUCACCGCUUGUGUGGGAAUUAAACCAACACACACGUACGUACGUGGACGUUUGCAGGAAAUAAGCUGGAUUUUAUUAACCAAUUUCUAAUGGGAGGAAAGUAUUUUUGUCAUGUAAAAUAUUUAGUUUUUUUUGUUAUUGUGGUUUUAUCUUCUAAAAACUCCUAAUUAAUCUUUUAAUUAAUUUGAAUUAAUCUUAUCAAUUGAACUUAUUUAUUUGCUGAUUUGUAACAAGCCUAUUCCAAUGCAGUUUCAAAUAUUUUUUUAAAUGUUAUGUGUCUUUUAUUGUGUAUUGCAAUAAAUUCCUCAUGAAAUAGACUAUUGAAUUUUAUUUUUUUUUUAUUUCAUUUUUCUUAAAUAAAUAU